AUGAGCAGUCCACCGUCGUCCCCUUUGAUGGACCCAGUCACAAUCAGCGAGGACAUUGCUCCAUUGCCGUCCUUCAAGGCCAGUGGUGUUGCGACUGUCGAUUUCGAUGGCGUUCUCUCCAGUCCUCUCAAGGUGCACGAAGAUGUGCGAUCUGGUUGUGGUGGGCAAACGUGGCCCGCGGGAAUGCUUCUCGGCAAGCAUAUGUUGCGUUACCACAAAGACCGGCUUGCUGACGCUCGGAUAUUGGAACUUGGAGCUGGCGGCGGUCUCAUCGGUCUUGCCGUCGCCUUAGAAUGUCAGCUUCAAAAUCAGUUGUUAGUGACGGACCAGCUGGAGAUGUAUGAGCUGAUGAAGCACAACAUCGAGCUAAACAACCUACAAGACAAAGCCAAGGCGAUGGUGCUCAACUGGGGCGAAGACUUGCCAGCUGCCGUGUUGGAGCAAAAGCCAGACGUGAUAUUGGCUGGCGAAUGUGUCUAUUUCGAACCUGCUUUCCCUCUCCUGAUGUCUACGCUUAAGGCUCUAUUAGAGCUUAACCCCGCAGCUGUCGUGUACUUUUGUUUCAAGAAGAGGAGACGCGCGGACAUGACCUUUGUCAAAAUGGCUAAGAAAGCGUUCAAGGUCGAAGAAAUAUUCGACGAGGAUAGGCCCGUUUUCCAGCGCCAGGGCCUUUUCCUCUUUUCUUUCACCAGCCGCCCAACCACAAGCCAAACGAAAGCUACCAAAAACCAAAGUCAACCUCAACUAUCAAAAUGAUAAAAAAAGGUCAAAGAAACGCUUUGUCUACACAGCAUCUUAGUUGGCAUGCGCCUGAAAACUGUCCAUGCAUGUUGAGUCCUGGCCUGGAGACCCGACUGGAUCCUUUCAU